CACGCCUGCUCAGGAACUAGCCCACCGUGCGUAUGGAAAUAUGGCGGCCCCUGCGUCGACGACUACACGAUAGACAUUUUAUUCCUCAAAACUUGUACGAGCACGCAAGAGAUUCUGCCGGGCUGUAGGUGUGUUCACACCGGGGGCUGUUCCGCUUAGUGCCGCGGAUUGCUGCUUUAGAGAAACGCGCUGACAGAGCUCGGGCGGAAGGCGAGAAACGCCAGGUUGUGCGGCAGAGUUGAAGUGCCUCAGGUCCGGGUGUAACGUUAUCUGGAGCCCGGGAGGGACCGAGCGACGGGAAGCUCGUACACGGAAGUCGUGGAGAGGAAUUUGGCAGGAGAUACCGAACCUGGGAAGUGUGUAAAGUGUGUUUGGAAUGACUUUGGAAUGACUUUGGAAUGAGUUUGGAAUAAGUUUGGAAUGAGUCCAAGUAUUAGUUUAUUGUGCUCACGAAUCGUUUUUUUUUGGAAAACUUGCCAACUAAGUCAACUUGUUGACCGACUGAGCGCGUGAACCUGAGGCAAAGUGCAGCCAAGUGAAGACCUCGGCGAUGCUAAAAGCUUUUUAACAUUAAUAUUUUAAAACAUAACCUUUAACAGUCAUAUUUAAAGUAUAAUUAAUCGCAGAGUAUAAAUAUGUCAAGUUCUAUAACCUUCCAGUUCAGCAGGGCUUUAAUGGUACAGCAGGUGGAGACUGAAUGUGGAGACACAGUUCCCAUUAAUGAUCUAAAUAAUAAUAACAACUUCUAAUAUUAAAGUCUAAUUUCACUACAUUCCUUAUUCCUGAUCAUUUAAUGGAUGUUUUUCCUAGUUUAGGGCUAAUUUAAAAGAGACUUUAUAUAUAACCCCAAAGACAAAUGCAGUAUAGUUCUUAAUUAAACAUAUGCAAUCUUUUCUACCAAAUAAAUUCCAUGAUAACAUUCCUGAUUAUUCAUUGGAAAUGUUCUCAGGAUAUGUCUGUAAAUGUGCUUGACAAUAAUAAUGGAUCUUCGCCAGGUCCUUCUACACGCCUCCUUGUACAUUAGGGACAUUUAGUUUUUGUGAUUUCGUGGAUUGGCGUUAUCACGUCUAGACGCAGAAUGUAGAUUCACGUCCUCAUGAACUUUGUAUUCCGCGCUGGGAUGAUCCAAUUUUGCGUUUUGCUUUUCACCCCGUCGUUCGUGUGCGUAUGUGAAAACUGAGCACGUUUGGGCAACUCGAUUCAUGACACACAUAACAAACCCGCCAGAGGUGAUCCGGGUCGAUUUGGUCCCCGUGGUGGACAGGGAAAAACGUCACCGUUUGGGAUUUGGGGUCUGGAUCGCGUCACGGGAUCGCGAGCCUCUCUGACGGAGAGCGUGCUGCUCGAACUGGCCUUCACAAGGAAUUGGCUUUGCCCUGUUCCAAGUGAACCCCAUUUCUGUUUACCGCUUCGAGAUUGACACCGAGCUCGUGAUUGUGGACGGUUGAGAGUCCCGGCUCCGGCCUGGCAUCCUGCCCUUAUGGGGCAGCAGCCAGGGAAGUUUGUUGGUGACCAACGGAGGCCAAGUCUCCCUGCUCUGAACUUCAUCAAGAGUGGAGGCAAGAGGGACUCGUCACGCCAUGGGCCUCAGCCCCUCAACGUGUUCGCAGUUCACGAAGCUCGACCGGAUUUUGAGCCCUCUGGUCUUUCUGAGGCGGCACGAUGGAACUCCAAAGAGAACCUGUUGGCAGGACCCAGUGAAAACGACCCCAAUCUGUUUGUAGCACUGUACGACUUUGUGGCGAGUGGCGACAACACUCUCAGCAUCACUAAAGGAGAGAAGCUGCGAGUUCUGGGAUACAAUCACAAUGGCGAAUGGUGUGAAGCACAGACCAAGAAUGGUCAAGGCUGGGUGCCCAGCAACUACAUCACUCCCGUCAACAGUCUGGAGAAGCACAGCUGGUACCACGGGCCUGUGUCGCGCAAUGCCGCCGAGUACCUACUCAGCAGUGGCAUCAACGGCAGCUUCCUGGUGCGGGAGAGCGAGAGCAGCCCGGGCCAGCGGUCCAUCUCGCUACGCUACGAGGGACGAGUCUAUCACUACCGCAUCAACACGGCCUCAGAUGGGAAGCUCUAUGUAUCGUCAGAGAGUCGUUUCAACACACUGGCCGAGUUGGUGCAUCACCAUUCCACAGUAUCUGAUGGCCUCAUUACGACACUACACUACCCAGCACCCAAACGCAACAAGCCCACAAUCUACGGUGUCUCACCCAACUACGACAAGUGGGAGAUGGAGCGCACAGACAUUACUAUGAAACACAAGCUGGGCGGAGGCCAGUAUGGAGAGGUGUACGAGGGAGUCUGGAAAAAGUACAAUCUCACCGUUGCUGUGAAAACACUAAAGGAGGACACAAUGGAGGUGGAAGAGUUCCUAAAGGAGGCAGCAGUCAUGAAAGAAAUCAAACAUCCCAAUUUGGUUCAACUAUUAGGUGUUUGUACCAGGGAGCCUCCCUUCUAUAUCAUCACCGAGUUCAUGACCCAUGGUAACCUGCUGGACUAUCUGCGCGAGUGUAACCGCGAGGAGGUCAACGCUGUGGUGCUGCUCUACAUGGCCACUCAGAUUUCCUCGGCAAUGGAAUAUUUGGAGAAGAAGAAUUUUAUUCACAGGGACUUGGCUGCCCGUAACUGCUUGGUCGGUGAGAACCACUUGGUGAAGGUGGCAGAUUUUGGUUUGAGUCGUCUGAUGACGGGAGACACGUACACGGCUCAUGCCGGAGCCAAGUUUCCUAUCAAAUGGACUGCACCGGAAAGCCUUGCAUAUAAUAAGUUCUCAAUCAAAUCAGAUGUUUGGGCUUUUGGAGUGCUGCUAUGGGAGAUUGCCACCUAUGGGAUGUCCCCAUACCCUGGGAUAGAUCUGUCCCAAGUUUAUGAGCUACUUGAGAAGGACUAUCGCAUGGACAGACCUGAGGGAUGCCCAGAGAAGGUCUACGAACUAAUGAGAGCCUGUUGGAAAUGGAACCCAGCAGAGAGGCCGUCCUUUGCCGAGACCCAUCAAGCGUUUGAAACUAUGUUUCAGGAAUCCAGCAUCUCAGAUGAGGUGGAGAAAGAAUUGGGGAAGAAGGGAAAGAAGCUUACACUUGGAUCCAUACAACAGGCCCCAGAGCUGCCAACCAAAACAAGAACGAUGCGUAGACCCUUGGAUAAAGAUGGAGACAGCCCUGGUGAGCAUCACUUUUUAGAGGAAACUGGGGGCUGGGGCUUCAUUGCCCGUAUAUUGGUUUUAAAUCAAAUGUUUGUAUUUCCAGACGGUGCCGAGGCAGAGGUAGCCGUGUCGCCAAUGCUCCCCCGAAAAGAGAGGCUUUUGUUAGACAGCAAUCUGAACGACGAGCCAAAAUCCAAGACUUCCAGCCUCAACCCUUUGAUCAGCUUAAUCAAAAAGAAAAAGAAAACCGCUCCUACCCCUCCAACACGUAGCAGUUCCUUUAAGCACCCCAGGGACGAGUUUAACAACGGCUCGUCGUUCAACGAUGCCACACUCGGAAUCGACCCUUCUAAGUUCCUCUGCCUUAAUAAUAACGGUGCCGGAGGUGUCACUAACGGAGCCCCUGCAUACCCCGGUCAGGUUUUUCUCCCCUACCCGCGGAAAAAGGGCGCACCAGGAACCUCCGGUGUCGGGAGAUUCGCCACAGUCCCCCCAGGUGAGGAAGAUCUGUCGAACUCGAAGCGCUUUCAGAGGUCCUCAUCAGCCUCCAGCAUGCCUCCGGGGUCAGACCGGACAGAGUGGAAGUCUGUCACGCUCCCCCGUGAUGUGCAGUCUCGCCACUUUGACUCCAGCACCUUGGGGAGCAAGCCUGCCCUUCCCCGCAAGAGCACACCCCGUGGUGGCACGCUUACUCCGCCCCCACGCCUGUCCAAAAAGACAGAAGACGCAUUGGACGAGGUUUUUAAGGAUUCCGAAUGGAGUCCAGGAUCGAGCCCCCAGACCUUAACCCCAAAGCUCGGGCAUCGGUCACAAACGCAGAGCGAAAACUCCAAAACCAAUGCCUUCCAAGCAGACCUGAUUAAACUGAACGCACUCUCUGCCCUGGGAGCAGCCGGGGAGGAGUGUAGAGCACGCAGACACAAACAACCCAUGGAUAUCUCGGGUCAGCGAGAAAAGGAUAGGGGGAAGUUUACAAAGGCCAAGCCUGCUCCUCCUCCACCUCCACCCUCGAGUGUCAAAUCUGGGAAGGUUUCGAGGAGCCCCACGCAGGACAUUACCGCUGACACGAAAGUCAAAGCCAGUGCUGACCUCAGCCCCACUGGCUCUGACCAAGGCAGGCCCUUCUUGCACCAGGAAAACACCAAAAAACACAGCACCUCAAAAGCACAGUCAGCGAAGAACAUGUCCACAUCUCCCACAAGUCAGCCGCUCGGAGUCGUGCCCAUCUCCCCCGUUGGAGAUCAGGGCUCAGCCACCGCGUUCAUCCCCCUUGUGAGCACGCGCCGCUCUCUGAGGAAAACCCGUCAAAACGAACGCAUCCCCAGCUCGACCAUCACCCGCGAGAUAGUCUUAGAAAGCACCGAGCUUCUCCGUGCCGCCAUCAGCCGGAACUCUGAGCAAACAGGCAGUCACAACGCGGUUCUGGAGGCCGGCAACAACCUGUCUAAGUUCUGCCUGAGCUAUGUGGAUUCCAUACAGCAGAUGAGGAACAAGUUUGCGUUUCGCGAGGCAAUUAACAAGCUGGAAAACAGCCUGAGGGAGCUGCAGAUCUGCCCUACAGCCACUGGGGGCUCCAGCACACCACAAGACUUUACCAAGCUCCUGUCCUCAGUCAAGGAGAUCAGCGACAUUGUUCAGAGGUAGCGGAAGUGCCUCACUCCUCCCUUUCAUUGUCCCCUCUUCAGGGUACCCAGCUGAAUAAUGAUCUUGAUGGCAGAGGGAGGGAUGUUUUUGUUGUUUUCCUCUCUCUCGAAAUGGCUGUGAUGUACGUUAUUCCUAAACAAUCUGAAAUCACCUCUCGCUUUAAAGAAAAAAAAAAAUACUGUACGAUUCAAUAUACUGUAGGUUGCGUAUCAUAGGACACAAGCGUCUUGAUGUUGGACAGAAAUUCAGAAGGAUUAAAACAAAAAAGUAUUAGUUACAUUUUAAAUA